UUCCUAGCAUGCAAUGAUGCUGCCUGUUUUAACUCAUCAUAUCCGCUACCACCAAUGCCUGAUGCAUCUGGACAAGCUGAUAGGAUAUACUUUCCAAGAUCGUUGUUUGUUACAGCUGGCCAUGACUCAUCCAAGUCAUCAUUUAAAUUUUGGAAUGAAUCCUGACCAUGCCAGGAAUUCAUUGUCUAACUGUGGAAUUCGGCAGCCCAAAUAUGGAGACAGAAAAGUUCAUCACAUGCACAUGAGGAAAAAAGGAAUUAACACCUUAAUAAAUAUUAUGUCACGCCUUGGCCAAGAUGACCCAACUCCCUCAAGGAUUAAUCACAAUGAACGGUUAGAGUUCCUGGGUGACGCUGUUGUUGAAUUUCUUACCAGUGUCCAUUUGUACUAUUUGUUUCCUAGUCUGGAAGAAGGAGGAUUAGCAACCUAUCGGACGGCCAUUGUUCAGAAUCAGCACCUUGCCAUGCUAGCAAAGAAACUUGAGCUGGAUCGAUUUAUGCUGUAUGCUCAUGGGCCUGACCUUUGUAGAGAAUCUGAUCUUCGACAUGCAAUGGCUAAUUGUUUUGAAGCGUUAAUAGGAGCUGUUUACUUGGAGGGAAGCCUGGAGGAAGCCAAACAGUUAUUUGGACGCUUACUCUUUAAUGAUCCGGACCUGCGCGAAGUCUGGCUCAAUUAUCCUCUGCACCCACUCCAGCUGCAAGAGCCAAAUACUGAUCGACAACUUAUUGAAACUUCUCCGGUUCUACAGAAGCUUACUGAGUUUGAAGAAGCAAUUGGAGUGAUUUUUACUCAUGUUCGACUUCUGGCAAGGGCAUUCACAUUGAGAACUGUAGGAUUUAAUCAUCUGACCCUAGGUCACAAUCAGAGGAUGGAAUUCCUAGGUGACUCCAUAAUGCAACUGGUAGCCACAGAGUACUUAUUCAUUCAUUUCCCAGAUCAUCAUGAAGGACACUUAACUUUGUUGCGAAGCUCUUUGGUGAAUAACAGAACUCAAGCCAAGGUGGCAGAGGAGCUGGGCAUGCAGGAGUAUGCCAUAACUAACGACAAAACCAAGAGGCCGGCGGCCCUCCGGACCAAAACCUUGGCGGACCUUUUGGAAUCAUUUAUUGCAGCACUAUACAUUGAUAAGGAUUUGGAAUAUGUUCAUACUUUCAUGAAUGUCUGUUUCUUUCCACGAUUAAAAGAGUUCAUUUUGAAUCAGGAUUGGAAUGACCCCAAAUCCCAACUUCAGCAGUGUUGCUUGACACUUAGGACAGAAGGAAAAGAGCCAGACAUUCCUCUGUAUAAGACUCUGCAGACGGUGGGGCCAUCCCAUGCUAGAACCUACACCGUGGCUGUUUAUUUCAAGGGAGAAAGAAUAGGCUGUGGGAAAGGACCAAGUAUUCAGCAAGCGGAAAUGGGAGCUGCAAUGGAUGCACUUGAAAAAUAUAACUUUCCCCAGAUGGCCCAUCAGAAGCGGUUCAUUGAACGAAAAUAUAGACAAGAGUUAAAAGAAAUGAGGUGGGAAAGGGAGCACCAGGAGAGAGAGCCGGAUGAGACUGAAGACGUCAAGAAGUGAAGGCAGGCCUGGAACUGGUGACGUAUUUACUUCCUUAACAACUGUGAUCCUUGCUCAUUGAGAGCUAGCCUGGUUUUCCUAACACAGUGAAUGAAGUGUGUACAUUGAAAUAAAACACAAAGCCAAAUCACCGUUGUUUUGCUGACUUAAUAUCCUGUUUUUAGCUGGAUGGUCUUUAUUAUAAAGUAUUUGAUUUCUGUUUAAUGGAAAACUUCAUUUUGUUGGAUAUGCACUAUUAUUUUGCUCUUUAAACAAUAAAAUUCAAAAAGCAUAUUCUAUGUGAAAUAUAUCCUGUUUUUCCAUCUCUGUCUCAGAUUGUGACCUGGCUUUCAACUAACAAGUGAAAAAUUCAUGUUACCAGAUAUUUUGACUGUACUCUAAUAACAUCUAUACUUUUUGAAAUCUCUGGAUUAUUAACUAUAUUUUUCAGCUUUCAUCUGGAUCACCUGGAUGUUUAUCAAGUUCUCAGCUAUAAAUAUUGAACUUUCCCCUCUCUAAGCAGUGAGUCCUUUGUAGAAGGAAUUCGUUUAAUGUCUAACUGGUUAAUUGUGCUGGGGGGGGGGGAGACAGAUAUUUGAGUCACAUAUUGUGUAUUCUUUGAAUCAUUAGAAUAGUGGAGAAAUCAUGAUUUUAAGCCAGACCACACUUUAAACCAAGUGUUCUCACCCUGGGGUGAGUAGACCCUUUAAGAAGUUUAUAGACAGACUUCAGGAAAGUCUCAGAACCUCCUGAAAUUAUAUUCAAUUUUAUAUGUGUGUUUAGGAUUUGAGAGGGGGUGGGGAGCAGGAAGCAGGAGAGUUCAUAGCUUUUAUCAGCUUCUCUAAGCGGUUCUGUAGUAAAGGGCUGACAUUACAUUAAAAGACAUGACAUUUUAAAAAAAAUGUUAUUUUAGACAGAACAUUGCUAGCUUCUUAAGUUAAUAAAGGCAGAACUUCUUUGUAAAACAAA